AGGUUUUCUCACAGGUUACAACUCACGCAAUGCAUUGCGGGUAGGUCAGGAGGACGCCAUGUGCUUUUGAACAGGAGGACUGAAAGGAGACACUGCUGUCACAGACUUGUUUUAUAAUUGAGAGACAUCGGGAUAAACGGCCUCAGUUAACGUUAGCAUGUACUGCACAAGACGCUGCCUCCGCACCGCGCUGCGGGCUGUAGCCACCACGCACCGGCAACAGCUUCAGCGGCAAGCACCAGCCUUGUGUGCGCUCAGACUUCUGAAGACCAGUCCAGCCACCCAUUCAGACGCCAUCGCCACCCCUCCAGUCGACGGAGCACCCAAACAGUAUUCUCCCAGAAUCCAAGAGCUCGUCACUAACAUAGCCAGCCUCACUUUAUUAGAGGUGUCAGACCUCAAUGAGCUCCUUAAGAAAACUCUGAACAUUCAGGAUAUUGGGAUGAUGCCGAUGGGGGCGAUGGCUGCAGGUGUACCUGCUGCUGCCGUAGAAGAAGAGGAGGCGCCAGUCAAGAAAGAGCAGACUCACUUCACAGUAAAAUUGACAGAUUUUAAAGCAGCUGAAAAAGUCAAACUCAUAAAGGAAGUGAAGAACUGCAUCCAAGGCUUGAAUCUGGUGCAGGCUAAGAAACUAGUGGAGUCUCUUCCCCAGGAAAUCCAAGCUAAUAUAUCUAAAGAACAGGCAGACAAAUUGAAAGCAUCCCUGGAGGCAGCAGGCGGCACUAUCGAAUUGGUGUAGAUCUGUGUGCCCACCUGUUCUCCACAAUGUUGCUGCUCAUGCACUUCAUCCUUCAUUCUCUUGCAUCUUUUUUUUUUUUUUUACAUGACAAAGAGGAGGAUCCCUGAAAACAAAGAAAUGCCUUCUGACUUUAUACGAUCUCUUAACGGCAUUAGGUGGGGCAGUACAACUCUGAACCUUCCAGGCACACAGCCUGCACAAAUGGCUGCCCCGCUGUUUGCUUGUCAUUUGUUCUGCUCAUGUGUCUGUCUGAUACUGGUGUAGCAAACAAGCUACAGAAAUAAUGGCCCGGGUGCCAAGUAAGUCAGUUGGUCAUUCUGUGUGUGUGUAUGUUUAACUUUUCACAGAAAGAAAGAUAAUGCUGUAGGGACAUGAACACCAUUCUGUCAAAGAUCACCAGAUGGCAGGGCUGAGUCCUUAUUACUUAUAGAAUUGUUAAUAAUAUGAUUAAAGUUGAAAAUUCCAUAUUUGUCUCUUCUCAUGUGUUCUUGUGGGUGAUUUAUAUGCAAACUUAAAAAAGAAGAGAAUACUGAUAAAUAAACUAAAAUGGAAAAUAAA